AGCAAAUAUGGUAAUCUUGAUUUUUCCAAUACUCCCUUUCUUCCCACUUGUUGCCGCAACAAGCUUUUCAUUGUACCUGCAAAGAGAAACAAAGCAUGGAUUUUUCUGAAGAAUGGAAAUCUCUAUGGCCAAUCUCUUCAUCUUAUUCUCCACCACUUCUUCUCUCAAAUUCACACCAACAACAACAAGAACCCUCUUCAAAACGACCCCGUAUUAAUAAUGAUACUCCAAUUGGUCCUUUCUUUUUCAAACCAUGUCAAGAAACACUAACAUUACUUCUUAACUCACCAUUAUUAUCAACUAAGCUUCCUCACCCAAUCCCUGAUUUUUCUUUACCAAGAUUCCUUCAAACUAAUAGUAUAACACUUCCUUCUACAUCUUCUUCUAUUGCUACACAGUUAAAUCCACAUGUUAAUGACACAAUUCAUAACUUUAAUGCAAUUCAAUUGCUUCCUUUACCUGAUUUUGGUGAAAUUAGAAAACCCUUUUCAGUUCUUGGAAUUUGUCCAACUGGUGAGAAUUAUGAUCAAGUUGGGUUUUUUAUACUUUGUAAUGAUGAUACUAAAGAUACCCAAUUUGUGGUUAAGAAAUUCAAGAAUGGGGCAUCUUUUAUAGUGGAUAAGCAUAAGAUGAAUUUUAGGAUUUUGAGGUUGUUGGUGAAUCCAGUUAGUGGAAUUGAUGAGAGUUGUUCAUCUGGUGGUUAUGUUACUUUUGGGUAUUUGUUGGUUUGUACUUUGUAUUCUGUUCAUUGGUAUAGUGUGAAGAUUAGGGUUAAAGGAGUUGAAAGUGUUAUGUUAGAUUAUUUGGGUAGUAAUGAUAGAAAUUUGUUUAAGGGUUGUAGUGUUGCUCAUGCUUGUUGGAGUCCACAUUUGAGAGAAGAGUGUGUUGUGUUGUUGGAAAAUGGUGAUUUGUUUUUGUUUGAUAUGGAAAAGACUCGGGCUUUGUUUGCUUGUGAUGUGUUGCAAGGGAAGAAAUUGUGGGUUUUGUGGGAUAAGUUGGAUAAAGAUGAACAGUGGCUAAGCUGUGAAUUUAGUUGGCAUCCGAGGAUUUUGAUUGUAGCAAAUUCAAGGGCUGUGUUUUUGGUGGAUAUGAGGUCAGACAAGUGCAAAGUUUGCACCUUGUUAAAGAUUGAGGAUGUGUCAUUGGGUAGAACCGAUAGUUUUCUUGCACUCUCUAGAGUGGAGUCUGACCCCUUUUGUUUUACUGUCGUUUCUGGACGUUUGCUUCUUCUUUGUGAUGUGCGGAAGCCAUUGAUGCCAUUGUUGCGAUGGGUACAUGGUCUGAAUAAUCCAGGUUAUGUGACUGUUUUAAGAUUGUCGGACAUGAGGCGAGGUAGUAGAGAUGAUGAAUGGGGAUGGGCUACUGAAUCAGGGCGUUGCAUUUUGGUAGGAUCGUUUUGGGACUGUGAAUUUGCUCUAUUCUGCUAUGGGCCAGGUGACAAUCGCAGCCGUAAACUUCCAGAAAUCUCGAGGCUCAGUAAAUCAGUCUAUGCUUGGGGACAACCUUCAGGCUUUUCGCUGUCUGGUCGUGAUUGCUGUUGUGAAAGUUGUCUUAUGAGAGCAGAUUUCUAUAAAGACAUUCUUCCUGAUUGGAUAGAUUGGAGGCAAAAGAAAGUCAUUGUUUUGGGGUUUGGCAUUCUCAACCGUGGCCUUUAUAUCGGAUCAGAUGAUACUGAUAGUUCGGUUGGGUUUUUUCUUGUAAGGUUAAUGUCCUGUGGCAGUGUAGAAGCUCAGAGAUACACUGCAGCAUGGGACUCCGAGGUAAAGUCAGAAGCACCUUAUGGAGGAUAUUCUCUAUGUUCUGAAAAUAACCUUCUAUAUGAUAUGGGUGUUGAAGAAUUGAAAUUUGAAAAGAAAUACAACUACCUGGGCCUUGACUUUCUUAAAGAGUAUCUGAAUGGGGAACUAACUAAAAUUCUUAGUAGGAAAAACAUAGACAAUCAACAGGAUUCAGAUGAAAACCGGUCAGAGUUCCACCAGCAAAUAUGUCAGAAGCUUAAAGAAUGUGGCAUCACAAGACUCAGAUCAUCUUUAACCGUUUCUGAUGUUAUCAAAGGUAUCAGCUUGCCAGCAAGCAUUUAUGAGAUUGCUCUAGAAAGCAUUUCCACCAGUUUGCCUAAUAAUCUUCUGGGGUUCGCUUUCUCUGCCUUCUUGAGAUUCCCCGAACUUCCCCUGAAACUGAAGAAAGGUUCUCUAGAAUUUUCUGACAUUCUCGACAAACUAUAUCCAUUGCCUUUUCCCUUGCAUAAAUGUUGUAUUGACGAGACACCGGAUAAAGUUCAGCCUUGUAGUUCUUCUACUCCCAUUCUUCCUCCUCCUUUUCUGGUAGCUCUUAAAAAUCUCCAAAUUGCUGAAAGAGAUAUAUUGCCACUUGAUGCGGAAAUGAGGCUUCAGAGUGAUAAAGUUAUGAAGGUGGCCCGUGAAAUCGGUCUGUCACACUCUGGUAUUGAGCCUGGUGAUGGCUAUGCAGUUUCCCUUGAUGCAGAUACUGAAUGCCAGCCUCUUUAUCUACAUGAACCCGUGUCAUUCUCUGACUGUGAUAUCUCCAAAAUGGAUUCGGUCGGAGUAGAACCUGAUAAAAGAUUUACAACCUUCAUCUAUAAAAAGCACCAAACACCUAUCUCAAAUGCCGGCAAAGAGAUGACAGGAGUGGAGUUGUUCGAUGAGGGUUGUCCAGUAGAGCUCAAAUUCAAUGAUAGUCUCACCAUGCUGGGAGCAAAUGAGCUGGAAACCUUUAAAAAGUUGAAACAAAAGGACUUAGAUUUCCAGAAAAAUUUUAAGUUGUAUCAAGAGUAUUUAAGUGGAUGUCAUAUGUGGAAACAAGGUCCUUAAUUAGGUUUUGGAUUUGCAAGGUUGGUAGAAAGAACUAGGAUGACCACUUGAAGAAAACACAUUGAGGCUGAUGGAAGGAAAUCAAUAUAGAGGGCAGUAUUUGGCAUUCUGUAUGCCUCUCAAAUUAUCUCACAUACGCCUCUCUUUUAAAUGAUCAAAUUAAGAAGCAAACUAUUUGACCACAUGCUUGGGGAAUAAAAAUUGAGGAGAGAAGAAAUUGGAGCUUAUGGCACACCUCUCUGAAAUUGCAUAGGCCAUUCAUGUCACAGUAAUUGUAUCCCCCUCCGUUUCUUCAGGGCUUAGCUGAUAUUAUACCGAAGGAAACUUUUCUCUGGAAGUUGAAGCUUCUUGGAUCUGCUUCAUCUUAUUCAAAUUCCCGUCUUCAUGCUGUUAAUGCUGAAGUACUCAUGAUUGCUAGGAUAUUCUCUCUGUAUUCCAUGUGUGCAUGAGCUUGAAUUUUUUCUGCCUGUUGGAUAAACAUUUUUAAGGAAGUGAUGGAAUUGAAUUGUGCUUCCAAGUGGAGAUGAAGCUCAGAGGCUUGCAAAUUCAUGAAGAAAGUGCAAAGUACAAUACUUCAAAGACAAUGGGCAUACUAUUCUAUUGGAAGAUGGUAUUAAUCUGCUCUCCAUCAUUAAACAACAACAACAACAUACCCGUCAUCAAAGGUACUUGCAAAUAUCGUUGUUCAAAAAGGCAUGAUUAUGUCAUGGAUUUAGUGCCUCCUAGUAUGUCAGAGUUCAAGAAUGCAAUCAAGGACAACAGACAUGUUUUAUCCUACUCGAGUAUCAAAAGGAUCAGAUACAAACCCUUGAAGAAGCAAAGGUUGUGUUGAAAAAAAGCUGGUAUUUCCUAUGAUGAGAUGGUAGCUCGAGAUGCAGCUAGUGGCCCCAAAAAUGACACGAAGGGCAAAGAACACAGUCGGGUAGUUGAGUUUAUAAGUGCAGUAGUUGAAUUAAAUGGACAGAAGGUAUCAACAAACAAUGAGGAUAUUGAGAGCUACCGUGAUUCUGAAGGCAAUAAGAAGGUUGAGAUUGUGCGGAAGGAUGUCCCUGCUGCAGUGUUUGGAGGUUUAAACCGCAAGAGAGAAAAAGAAGAUGAAGCUGAGGAUGGCUAGGCUGCCAGGAAUAAAGAUAAUGUUGGCCAUCUAGGUACUCUACAACAACAUACCCAGUGUAAUCCGACAAGUGGGGUCUGGGGGAAGGUAGGAUGUACGCAGACCUUACCUCUAGAAAGAAUAAAACGAAGAAGACAAGGCUCUCAGAGGUUGUUUUUAUUCUUCUGUUAUACUAGUUUGAAUAGAAGAGUUUGAGCUGUCUCGUAAUCCUGAAAACCAAAGUUACUUUGUUGUGAUAGAAGUUGUGUACAUAGAUUUGUCGUUUCUUUUAAUGGGAUACCAUCCUAUUGGUUGGAUUUGAACCUUCCACCUCUCCAAGUGAACUGGUCUUCAAUUCCCUACAUCAUUUGUUAUUCAUAUACACUUUUUUU